UAAAUGAGUCAAAACCAAAACAUUAGAUUUUUUCUAAGUGCAAAGCUCAAAAAAUAAAUAAAUUAAUUAAAACGCUAAGGUAUUCUUGUAAUAUUUUUUAAACAUAGUCCGUGAUUUUAUAUCUUAUUUGAAAAUUUAAGAUAGGAUAUAUUCCCUGUUUGAAUAUAAAAUAAUCUAAAACUAAACGCAUUUUAUACACUUAAAUAUUCGCAUUUAGGCAGCAUGUUAAAAUAAAUUAAUUCUUUUCAUUUAAAUUAUUUUAUCCUCAUAUUCUCUUAAGUCUGCAUUAAAAAAUCGAAGCAUGUCUUUUCUUUACCGAUCAUAUUUACCCAGUAUUUUGAAACUUCAUGAAGUUCGUUGUAAUGUGCCAUAUAUAUUUGUACAGCUGAGAUGGAAGAAAAUACCGAUAAGAAAGCCUCGAUGGUUGCCUAUGGCUCCAUCAAAACUUUUCAGAAUUCCAGAACACCCUUAUGUACCUCCUGACGAGAAACAACUAAUUGAAGAUUUGCUGGAUGAAUAUUACAGGAAAAUUGAGUCGUUGCGGAAACUGUUUAAAGAAGAAUUAGCUCAAAAAUCUAGAGAUGAAGGUCACACAGUUGAAAAUCAAAGAUUGGAGGAAGAAAAAUUUCUUUUGUUACUUGAAGAAAAUAAAAAAGAAAAUGAAAGAUUACAGAAAUUAAGAGAAGAAACUAUGGAAAAAUUAUUUCAAGAAAAACAAAUAGAACUUUUACAACUUGAAGAAGAAAGAAAACUUAAAGAACAAAAAACUAAAAUGAAGAUUGAAGAAAUAGUUAAAAAACAAAAGGAGAAAAUAGCAAUAUGCAUAACUUAUGAAAACUUAGAUGGUACCAUUGAAAAGGCUUUAAAUGAUCCUAGAAAUGUUUGUUAUUUUGUUGAUGUCAAUGGAAAUGUGAAAUGGGAAGGAAAACCACCUGAAGACUUGGAAGAAGAAAUUAGAAAAAGAAUUGCCCAGAGUAUGGAAAAUUAAACUGUGUUGUAUUAUAAUGAUUAUCAUUAUUUUGAGGUGAUAAUGUAUAUGAAUAUCAAUUAUAAAGUUCUUGUGUCUAA